AUGGAACUUCCCCUGCUGUGCACCCUGCUGGUGUUUGCUGGUGUGAUUCCAUCCCAGGGUGGGAUCAUGAACCUGAACAAGAUGAUCAAACAAGUGACCAGGAAGACACCCAUCUUCUCCUACUGGCUCUACGGCUGCCACUGUGGACCUGGAGGCAGAGGCCAACCCAAAGAUGCCACGGACUGGUGCUGCCAAACCCAUGACUGCUGCUAUGAGCACCUGAGACUGCACCGAUGCCGUAUCCACACAAACCAUUAUGACUACACCUUUUCCUACGGGAACAUCCAGUGCUCUGACAAGGGGACCUGGUGUGAGCAGCAGCUGUGCGCCUGUGACAAGGAGAUGGUCCUCUGCCUGCAGCGGAACCUGGACUCCUACCAGAGGCACCUGCGAUAUUACUGGCGGCCCCACUGCCGCGGCCAGACCCCAAUGUGCUAG